AUGCCCCAUGAGAAAAUGUGGCAAACUGCAAAUGACAAAUACAUAGCCAAAGACAUCCCAGACCUGAUGCUUUCCUUUGAGAUGAUGCCGAAGGAGAAGAAGAGCGGGCUGCUGAAACUCCUAGCAGGAGCCUCAACGAAAAAGAAGUCGCGCUCCCCACCAUCUGUGUCCCCCACGCAUGACCCCCAGGUGGCCAUCGAAGGAGUCCUGCAAGGGGCAGUGGGACCCGAGCUCUCCUCCCUCUCCAGCCACGGCAGGGCCGGCUCAUGCCCUAUCGAGAGUGAAAUGCAAGGAGCCAUGGGCCUGGAGCCACUGCACAGGAAAACAGGCUCCUUGGAUUUGAAUUUUUCCAUCCCUUCUCCUGCCAGGCAGCCCCUCUCUUCCAUGGCAGCUAUUCGGCCAGAGCCCAAGCCUUUGCCACGGGAAAGGUACCGUGUCGUGGUCCCGUACCCGCCACAGAGUGAGGCUGAGAUCGAACUGAAGGAAGGUGACAUUGUGUUUGUGCACAAGAAGCGGGAGGACGGCUGGUACAAGGGGACAUUGCAGAGGAACGGCAGGACGGGCCUCUUCCCCGGGAGCUUUGUCGAGAGCUUCUGAGGACGGCUCGCCGCUCUCUCAGCUGGAGGAGCUUUCAGGGGAAACUGCAUAGCACAAGAAGAGACAGCAAAGGGAAACUGGACUGAUAACCACUGCCAUUUUUAUUUCCAAAGACUCCCCCCCAGGCCCUUCAGUCUACAGCUCUGGAGACACAGUGCCCCGCUGCGCUCCCGAGGCCGCGCGCGGUGCAUACAGUGGUAUGUUGAAGUAGUGCCUUCCACCUGGAGUCACGGACUGAAAGGAUGCCCAUCUGGACUGUACGUAACCUAAGCUCCGGCUGUUAACCCUUUGUGUAAAUUAUAGAGAAGAUAUCUUUAAAAAAAAAAAUUAAGAGGAAAGUUGUUAUAUUGCUGUAACUUAUUUGUCAGAGCUGCAGUGUUCUUAUUACUGGCCUAUGCAAGAUGGAUUUGAGAGUUCAAAGAGGUGUGCUAGGAAGCUCUUAAACUGGGAUUUCAAUUUUCCCCAGG